AUGGCUCCUCCUCUCCCCUCGCCGUCGCUGGUCUCCACCACCCCGAUCCCGACGCUCCGCAUCGUCUCGCCGGUGCCGUCUUCCCGCUGGUGCCGCCGUGCCGGGCCGUUGGCCUCCGCUGGGCUGGGGGGAGCCGCGCGCAGAGACCGGCGCCGGAGCCGGAGCACGCGGGGACGGAGGGGCAUGAGGAUCCGUGCCUACACGGCGGAAGCUGAACACGGGAGGUGGCAGGAGGAUGUGGCCGACGAUUUCUACUCUGUUCUUGGCGUCAUGCCAGAUGCAACCUCCGAGGAAAUCAAGAAAGCCUACUACAGCUGCAUGAAAACGUGCCAUCCAGACCUCAGUGGAGGCGAAGAUCCUGAAGUGACCAACUUCUCCAUGUUCAUCAACGAGGUUUACACGGUGCUGAGCGAUCCGGUGCAGCGUGCGGUGUAUGAUGAGAUCCAUGGGUACACGGCAACGGCGACCAACCCUUUCUUUGAUGACAGUGCAGUCAAGGAUCGCGUGUUCGUCGAUGAGUUUACCUGUAUAGGAUGCAGAAUUUGCGCCAACGUGUGCCCCAGUGUCUUUGAAAUUGAGGACGAAUUUGGGAGGGCAAGAGUCUGCUCCCAGAGGGGUAACCCGGAGCUCAUUCAGGAUGCCAUUAAUAGUUGCCCAGUUGACUGUAUUCACUGGACUUCUGCUGCACAACUUUCACUCCUUGAGAGUGAAACACGAAGAAUAGAAAGGGUCAAUGUUGGGCUGAUGAAUGCUGGGAUGGGAGUUUCAGUCAACGUCUUUCGAAUGGCAAGUGCGAGUUGGGAAAAGCGACAAGCAAAAGUCUUGGAAAAAAUCAGAACACGGAUGAUGGACCAAAAUAAUUCAGACACGACUAGCCCUUGGAGUGAUAUCUGGGGUUCUCCAACGCGAUACCAAAACACUGAAGAUGAAGAAGCAUCAGAGAGAGCGAACAGAGCGGCAGCAGCUGCUAGGCGAUGGAGAGAAUACUCAAGGAAAGGUGCCGACAGGCCUCCAAGAUACAAACUUCCAGAUGCAGUAGGCAAGAAAGAGUAG